AGACAAGACAGUGAAUGUCAUUUGUUGUUCUGUACAGAUUCCGUGAUUGCUUGACUUUUGAAAUGCACAAACAUUUAAAUUGUGUCUUUUCUGGAUGAUUUAUUUGUAUUCAUGGAGUUACUGCAAAAUUAGAAUUUACCUGAAUUUAAGUUGUUAUGUUUUGUUUGGUUUAAGUAAAUACUCAAAAUGGCGGAUAUUUCAAUGUCACUUGCCAUAGGCUCUGAUGAAAUUAAGGAUUUUAUUUGUUUGUCAUGCAAAGAGCAAGCUAAUGCAGAUUUUUACUGCAAAACAUGUUUGAAACUUUAUUGUGGAAAAUGUAUUCAGUUACAUGAUAAGUGGUUUAAAAAACAUUCAGCUUAUGGAAGGAAUGACAUGAAAGAAUGGCCAGUUUCGAAACAGGUGGAGGAAUUUCUAUUAAAGUGUGAAGCACACAAAGACGAACAAAUUGAAAUGUUAUGUGAUGACCACAGUCAGCUGUGCUGUACAAAGUGCGCCUUCCUGAAUCACAGCCAGUGCAGUAAAGUUACUCUGAUUUCGGAGAUGAUCAACACGCAGCCCACGGACAUACUGGGACUGUUAGUGGAGCUGGAAACUUUCCUGGGGGAAAUCAAAAGCCUGCAGAUCAGUCAGGAGCUCAGUGUUCAGUCAUUGCAGGGAGCAUACAAGGAACAUAAAGCAUUCGUAAAAAAACAAAUGCUUGUUGAUAUAAAUACUACCAUAGAUGAAUGUGGUAAUAGUUUUGUGAGUACAUCGGGCAAAAAUGAGCCAUAUUUAAAAGAAGAAAUGUGUUGGAGUGUUCUUUCUAUCUUGAACGAAUUUGAUAAUAUUACUGUGAAGGUACUUAACGAGAUGAAAGAUGAAGUUAUAAGCAUAAAAGGGUCAAUUAAAAGUUCUAUUGAUAAAUGCACUGGUCUUCACAAUGACUUGUCACUAUUCCAUGAAUUUGUUCAGAAAAUUAGAGAUAAUAAAGAGCUCUGCCUUAUAGCCAGCAUAAAAUGUAAGCACAUAAUACAGCAGGCAUCAGCUCUUCUAGGCAAAUCAGGCAAGGUGUUUUAUGUCCAGGGGCAUUAUGAGCACAAUGUGAGGAUAGCAAGUGAUUCAGAUUCAUGUGUUAACACAGGCAUAUGUGUUCUUCCUGAUGGGCAGGUCCUGGUUGCAGACUGGAGUAAUAAGACAGUCAAGCUGCUGAACCAGCAGUACCAGGUGGUGAGUCACUGUAGUGUUACUGCUGAACCACGGGAAAUGUGCCAGAUCACACCCAGUGAGGUUGCAGUGGCUGUGGAUAAAUGGGGUAACACACAUGAGGCCCAGUUUAUCACAGUCGCACAAAGCCAACUUGUCCUAGGCAGAAAACUUCAGUUACAACAUAGAUGUAAAGGUAUUGCCCAUCACCACGGAGACCUGUUCAUCUGCUCUGAUACUGCAUUGUACAAGUACUCACUGAGUGGCAAACUGGUCUGCAGACUCUAUGAGGAUGUAUCAGGUGCUGAUACAGUAUGGAAGUGUGCUGUCAGUCCAACCGGGGACAAGCUGUACAUUUCCAGCCCCUUCCAUCACAAGCUCCUCACCCUGGCCAGAGAUGGGACAGUCCUGGCUACAUUCACAGACCCAGCACUAGAGCGCCCAUAUGGUCUACAUGUGACCCCUGCAGGCCAUGUGCUGGUCUGUGGAUGGAGGUCCCACACUAUAGUACAGGUGGACUAUGAGGGAAGGAGAAAGCUGGCCACUCUGUCUACAAGGGAGAGGGAUGGAGUGUGGUACCCAGAGUCAGUGUGCUACAGCAGCACCACAUCAACCAUCAUUGUGGGACAGUGGGGGGGCAACAACAUCCUGGUGUUCAGAGUACAAUAGUGUGUACAUUGUGAAUCCUGAUUAGCCAUACAGCUAAUACAGCUGGCUAUUCAGCUUGGACUGUUAUGAAAGACCAACCAUGCCCCAUCUGGGACGCUUUGUCAGCUCCCGUCGGAACCCAUUUCUCCUGCAGGCUCAUAUAAAACUGAUCUUGGAACACCUUAAGCAUGCCCGGUGAAAUCUACUUUUCUGGAUGAAAGUAGGCGCCUCAAGAGUUGUCAAGUAUACCAGGCUAUGUCACCUUCGGACAGCAGCCUGUCCCUGCACACAAGACCCCUACACAUCCUAACAGAGAAACAGCAGAACACACAUUGCCAACAUUGACAAGCACCAAGGCAUGGAAUGCGCGUAUACGACAUAUGACAUAAGAAUGCAACAAUUAAGCUCUUGAGGUCUAUACUGAGCCGAUGACAUCCCGAAGAACAAUAUCUAUAGAAGUUGAAGUACAUAAGACACACUGGUCAGCCAAAGAAUCAUGUUCUGUGAAUAGCAAGAAUGUUACUUGAGCCAGGGAAUCAUGUUCUGUGAAUAGCAAGAAUGUUACUUGAGCCAGGGAAUCAUGUUCUGUGAAUAGCAAGAAUGUUACUUGAGCCAGACACUGAAACUGUACUAGCCUCAUUGUUGUCUAGGUGGAAGUGACUGGGGUUGAAAUAGUUGUCUAGUGGGCAGCAGAAAUGGAACCCUAGCCAGACGCUGGACAUGUGCUGACAUCCAAUUUGUCAAGGUGGAAGUGACUGUGGUUGGAAUAGGUGUCUAGUGAGCAAUAACAAUGGAACUCAAGUCAGACACUUUACAUGUACUAACCUCCCUCCUGUUGAGGUGGAACUGACUGUGCCUUUAAUAGUUGUCUAGUGAGCAACAUAAAUGGAACUCUAGCCAGACGCUAAACAAGUACUGACAUCCAAUUUGUCUAGAUGGAAAUGACUGUGGUUGGAAUAGUUGUUUAGUGUGUAGUGGAAAUAGAACUUCAGUUAAACAGUGCUUGGGAUAGCUGUCCAGUCAAGAAUUACAAGCCAAAUCUUGUCAGACGAUAGCCACCCACGCUCGGUACCCGGAAGUGCCAAACCGGUGAACAUCGCUCGAUGUACGCUACCGGACGACGCCUCUCAUCACCCCAGACCAGGAAGCGACCUACGGGGAAACAGCAUCCAUUGCAUGUCACAGUCUGGUAACAGCACUGCAGGCUCAAGUCUGGAUAAGAUGGGUAAUCCUGGCAUGACAGAAGUGGUUACAGCGGAUGCAACCAGAAAUUUUCGACGAACAGCCUCAAACAUCCUAAACUUUUAGCAAACGAGGACCACGUGUUACUGCGAGUAGGUUCGUUCAAUUGUAAAGAUAUGAAAGCAUCAACACACGCUAUUUUAGAAAUGUCGAAACAAUGUCACAUUAUAUUACUACAAGAACACUGGCUCUUUCAAAUUCAAAUUUCGCUCCUCGGUGAAAUAUCCGAUAAACUAGACUACGCAGGUAAAGGGUCAGACGUUAAUGAUCCUUUAUUGCCUAUCCAAUUACCUCGAGGAUAUGGUGGAGUGGCCAUACUGUGGGACAAAUCUAUAAGCAGUUUCGUCAAACCCCUCCAUGAAGGCUCGGAAAGAAUCCAAUGCGUGGAAAUCUGCGACAGAAACGCAUGCAAUAUGAAAACUCUCAUUGUGUGUGUAUACAUGCCAUGUCGGGGGUACAGUACUAGUGCUGAUGACUUUUGUAGUGUCAUUGAUGAACUUUUUGAGAUUAUCUCUAAGUUUAGAAACUCUCACAACAUCCUUAUAGGCGGCGACCUAAAUAUAGACCUUAGAACGCAAAACUCCGAAAGAAGACGAUCCUAUAUUGACAAUUUCAUAGACGAAUUUCAACUGGAAUAUACAUGUGUAGGCUCUACGUUCUUCCAUCCAAGUGGGGCGUCUGAAUCUGAAAUAGAUUACUUUCUAGCGACAAACUCUAACCACUUUAUACACAGAAAUAAAGAAGUUCUUCCAAUAGUGUCAAACGUCUCUGACCACGUGCCAAUCACAGUUAUUAUAAAACUUGAGCUCACAGCAAAACCAUCAGGAGACUGUACUAAGGCUAAAUUAACUAUUAUGAAUAGUGUAAAGUGGGACAAAAUUGAUAAACAAAAUUAUGCUGAUCUCGUUGCUUCAAAGCUCAAUAAUUGUGGAUCGCGUAUUAAUCAACCGAUAGAAAAGUCAGUUACUGAAAUUUGUAAUAUUAUGUGCCAUGCAGCUCAUGAAGUACAGGGAGAAAGGAAAAAACCAAGAAACACUAAACCCAAAUUAGCAAUAUGGAACAAUGAAAUAUCUCAAUCCUUAAAGAAUCUCAGAAUAAUAAACAAACUAUGGAAAGCGAAUGGUAGUAAGAUUGACCCGUGUGACCAAACAUUCAUUGAAAGAAAGAGCGCCAAGAAGGAAUUUAGGCGACUAUGUAGGGUUAGUGCCGCUAAGAAAUUGUGCGAUGAGAAACAAGAGAUUAUGAACUCUAGAUCAUGUGACAAGAAACUAUUUUAUAAACUGAUUAAUAAACAGAGAGGAUCCCUGAAACAAGUGGUUGAAGAUCUAUAUGUAGGAGAAACACUCUACUCAGGAACAGAUGGUAUUCUCGAGGGGUUCAAAGCACACUUCGAGCACUUAGCACAACACUCAGAUGACACCAAUUUUGAUAAAACCUAUCAGAGUCAAGUUCAAUGUGAGAUAUCCGCAAUCACCAAUAUCGUCUCCAACUCACCUGUGAUUCCUGUGACAUCUGCUGAACUGACAAAAGCCCUGAAAACAAUUCAUAAAGGUAAAGCGGCGGAUAUUUUUGGUAUUAACAUAGAGCACGUUGCAUUUGGCCCGGACAGUUUAAGAACUAGUAUUCUUGAAAUCAUCAACAUUAUCUUCAAUAACCGAGAAAUUCCUACCUGUUUGAAAAGAGGUAUCCUAACCCCGGUCUUUAAAAAGAAAGGUGUCCCAUCUGAAGUAGGGAACUACAGAGGAAUAACAGUACUACCUACUUUGUGCAAAAUUAUAGAGACAAUUUUAAGAAAUAGAAUUCAAGACUGUAUUUUAAAAGUGCAAAACGCUUCACAACGAGGCUUCACGUCAGGGUCCUCCCCCUUAAAUGCUGCCUUUAUCCUGGAAGAGUACUAUCGCGAGUGUACAGACCUAAAAACCUCUGCUCAUGUGGUGUUCUUAGACGCCAAGUCAGCGUUCGACGUGGUCGACCACUCCCAACUUUUACGCAGACUCUACCAUGCAGGUAUAAACGACGGUCAUUGGCUCCUCUUGAAAUCCUUGCAUGAAAACUCAUCCAGCGUGGUCAAGUAUAGGUCCCAAAUAAGUGGUUCCUUCGAUAUAUCACAAGGAGUACGUCAGGGAGGGAUCCUCUCCACGGACCUCUACAAGCUCUACGUCAAUCCUUUACUGGAUAGGUUAGCCGACACCGGACGAGGUGGGCGAAUUGGCACCGUACUCGCUAAUAGCUCAGCGUGCGCAGAUGAUGUAUGUUUAAUGGGUAGAGACCACACAGAUGUACAGCUAAUGAUAAACAUGUCCCUAUCAUUUGCAAAUGAAGAACGUUACCUUCUUCAACCCACAAAGACUGUGGCCUUAAAUAUCAAACCUUCCAAAAGAACAACAAUCCCUAAAAGUGAAUGCUUCAAACUGGGUGAAACUAACCUCAAUCAUGUCGAUACCUCCGUCCAUUUAGGUAUAACAAGAACGACGUCUGUCUGUGAAACAGCUGAAGUGAACGUAGAAGGGAACAUCUCAAAGGCAAGACGUGCUCUGUACAGUCUCCUUGGAGCCGGGAUGCACGGUCAUAAUGGUCUGGACCAUAAAUCAAUGCUGGAUCUUUAUAAGUCAUUUGUUCUUCCUGUGCUCACCUACGGCAUAGAAAUAUUCACACCAAAUAGUACUCUCAUCAAACAACUGGACCUGUUCCAAAGGAAAACUAUUAAACAGAUACUUUCUCUGCCAAAUAAUGCUGCAGAUCCCUGUGUGCUUAUCCUUACAGGACUUUUACCAAUUGAAGCAUUAUAUCAUCUGAAAAUCUUAAACUUUUUCAACAAUAUAUGUGGCCAAAAGGAGUCUAGUAUUGAACGCCAAAUUGUGGUACGACAACUUUCUGUGAAAUCAGGAAAAUCCUCAUCAUGGAUAAACUGUGUGCUCCCUCUCCUUGUAAAAUAUGACCUAGGAGAUGUUGAUGAUUAUCUGCAAAACCCUCUUAAUAAAUCCCAAUGGAGAUUAAAGGUACAUAAAACGGUAGUGAAUUAUUGGAAAGAAUAUAUCGAUAGGAUCGCCCGCACAUAUUCCUCCUUGAAAUACAUGAACAUUCAAUAUUCACCUGGCAAAUUUCAUCCUUUGAUACAAGUUGGAUGCUCCUCAGCACUAGAGGUAACUCGACUGCCUACAAGAUUCAGGCUACUCACCGGCACUUACGUACUCCAAGUAAAUAGAUGCCGCUUCAACCAGUAUGCCAUAAGCGCAGUGUGCCCGAACUGUAAAGUGGAAGAUGAAACAGUCGAACACUUCCUGUUACACUGCUCUGCAUUGGAACAGGUAAGAGCCCCAGUUAUGUGCCGAAUCUGGAAUUUACUGGAAACUAUGGACCUCACCAAACAAGUUACUUCCCCUGCUCUACUAGUCCAAACCCUCAUUGACUGGUCAAUCAUAGUCCCAAACCACCCUUCAUAUAGAGACAAAAUGCUUAUGUUAGAAUUUCAUAUACGAAGACUAUUCUUCCACUUACAUACUACAAGAUAUAGGCUUUAUAAAGAACUGUCUGGAAACUGAGGACUUCUUGGUUGCAUGGCAUGCGGUCUAGAUACUUGUUCUGUGUUUGUAAUGACUGAUGUGUGUAUAUAUAUACGAACCCUGUGAUGUACGUGUGAAAGAAAAUAACAUGUGGUCCAUGUCCCCAACGUCUGUAAUCACUCGCGUGUAUAUAUAUGUGUACUGUACGAUACACCUGUGAAAACUGUGCAAUGACCGUGAUGUGUAUAUAUAUGUACCUUGUGAUAUACCUGUGAAACUAUGUAUAUAGGAACUAGUGCGGUGAUGGUGUGAUAUUUAUACUAUGGACUUGUACUCCCAGCAACCACUGGGGUUCGCCAUCUUUGGCGGUGAAGAAUACACAGAUACAGAUACAGAAUGGCACCGGAUCAUACCAGAAAAUAUUGACUGCUUUGAGAUUAGUGUGUUCUUGUAUUCUCGAUAUUCUCUACUUUAAGUUAACAUUUUUCACCAAACCAAUAUUCCACGGAAUAACUAUUCAGUAAUUGUUUUACUCGUGUUCAGUAACAAAAACGUCGAUUUGCAGUGAGAAUCUUUAUUGACCAACAGUACAAAACCUGUUGAAACGGAAAUAAAAAUGCAGAUAUUAGUCCAUAUAAACGAUGAAAUUAACACUUCUGAGCUAGUUUCCUGAUAAAAAAGCAGCAUAAAUCUUGUGAAGUAAUUGCCAUGAUGAGUGACGGUUUAGUUCGUAGAAAAACCAGUAUUUUAUAUGUCGAUUGCUGGCACCGGACAAUGCAUGAAGUAGGCACCGGAUAAUAGCCGAGACUAAUGAAAUAUAGUAUAGUACGUUUAAAGAAUAUAUUGGAUCCUGCUGAUAUGAAAGACGAACAGAAACGUUAAUUGAACAACGUAAACUUUACGAAUACGAAGACAGAAGGAAAUACCCUGCCAAGUGAAGGAAGUUCCAGAACUACAGAAACGUCAUUACACUAAAGCAGCACUAGAAGCUGAAGUAGGUCGUAUUGAUGGAGCAACGAAAUUUCUUUUUCACGCUCGAAUGCAUCUGACGCCCUCGGCUUUAAGAAACCACCACGAGUCCGUUUCCUGUCACCAGUAUUUGACGUAUUUGAAAUAUCAUUAGAAAGCCGAGCGGAUAUCAAACCCGUGACUUCCCGGUCGCAAGGCGGACACCACAACCAUUUCAAAAGUGCGGCUGUAAACUAUCUCUGAAACAAUAACAAACAAUACUUGAAUAAUCUGCACUCGACAGAAAGGAAAAAAUCAUCCUGGUGAUUUGUGAGUAAAAUACACAAUGCGAUUUGUUUAAUGUAACGUUAAAUAACAUGUGUAAAAUUUGUGAAUGAGCAAACAAAAAAAGUUUGAAUAAAGUAUGAAGCGUGAAUAUUGCGACCCAAUCAUGUAAGUUUCAUGGUAUGUGUUGGCGUGUGUAGUUGGGGAUAUUUUUCGUUAUGUUUGGUGUAUGUGCGAGCCUGUAACUAUAAUGUGUGUUUUGUUUUAUCAUGAGCAUGUUCUGAUCCUUUUAAUGCAUGCCCUUUUCUAUCCUUAAUAUUAUAUUAUUAUAUUAGAAUGUUAACAUUGUAAUACUGUUUGUAUCUUAAAUGCUUACUAUUGUUGUAAUGUUUAUGCCAAUAACUCAUUUUGAUACAGAAAUCGCUAAAAUACACGUGUGAUCAUUAAUUGCACCGUUUAUUUCAUUGUAUUAGAUGUUAAACGUGCGUUUGUGUUGUUAUUAAAUAUCAAUAUUUAAUUUUGACUUUUUUUUUACCUGGCAGUGUUUUCAUACACAAUAUGUUUAACUUUAAUAAUAAAUCGUUGUAGUACUGUAAGAGAAAUAAGCAAAUAAUAUUAAUGGAAAUAAAAACAACAUUUGAAACAAAAUCUUACAAUGCUUGAAGAAUCUGCACUAAGUGGAUUGGAAAAACCUUCCUGCUGAUGUCUGAGUCAAAUACAUUUUGUUUUCAUUUGUUUGAUGUGUAAUUUGAUGUUAAAUAAAAGUGUUACAUGUGUAAAGUGCUUUAUUACGGUUUUAUAGUGUUCUGAAUAAUGUAUUUAAAAUGUACUUAGCCUUGCAGCGUGAUCAUGUUGCUUUAGUUUUGUUUGUUUUGGUGAUCUUAUGGGUAAUAUUUUUUCAAUAUGUUACUUUGGAUGAAUGCGUGAUGUAGUUAUCUUUGAAUCUGUGCGUGGUUUGUUUCCUUUGAAUGUAUGCUUCUUUUCCUUUUUAUUAAAAAAAAUGUUAACCUUAUUACCUUGUUUGUAUCUUUAGAAAACGAUUGGGUAGAGCAAUUGUUGUAAUGUUAAUGUCCAUAACCAAUGAAAUUCAUAACUCGUCGUAUAAUCUAAGAUCAUAUACUCUAGUUUAUGCUUAAUGAAGUAUAUUUCUUGUUAAAUACUAACUGGACACACAUGUUCGUCAUUCACUUACACUAAAAUACCUGUUUUCUAUCACUGUGUAAGAUAUGCCUGCAGGUUUGUUUCGAGGUAAAUAAAGGUUAACUACCAAA